CGCGUGAGGCUGCAGGGGUGGCACAGUCGACGCAACGCCUACAAGUUCAUCAACUUGCCACUUGUGAAGAAACCUAGAAGGCGUGAAGAAACAUAGUCGACCAUCCGUUGAAGUGCAGUGUCUGAAAAAUGUGGCAUGAAGCGAGGAAGCAGGAGAAGCUGCUCAACGCGAAAUUGGUUGACUACAAAGCUAGAGCUCAGCGGCGUGCAAUCUACUACAAGUCCAAACUAGCAGAUCCCGCUCACCUCUUACGUAUCACCGGCACGCAAUGUCAAACUUUCCCUGACGCUCAACAGUUCUAUUACAACGAGAACGAGUCGAAUCUGUCAAAGUGGCAGGGCGAUGGGGAGACUACAAUCGACAGAUUUGACUGCCGCCAGCUGCUCGAUUUCAUCCCUACAAACCGCCCGAAUGACGACAACAGCGAAGGGGAUGGAGAAGACGAUGAGUUGAACUUCGAAUGCUACAGGGAUUUGUUGGAGAACGAGCAUUUAGGAAAAUCGGAGGAAGAGUUACUGAAAAGUAUCGAUGACAACUGGAAUGAGCUGCUAGUGCGGAGGAACGGUGGGGACGGAUCGACAUCUCAACAAGGCCCCGCAAAGACCGAGAAAGCAGCUAUAGGAUUCACCUACGCGGGCACAUCCAUCGCGAAGCCAAAUGAAGAGGAGGAGGACGAUGACAGUUUGGACGAGGAGCCCCCCGCCGAAACGCGUCUUCCUCCUCCUAAGCCUGGCGCGAGCCUUGAGCUUGAUGAUGAGGACAGUAUCGCCUCCUUGAACGCUUUAGGGAAAACGUACGGCAUUACAGACUUUUAUGAUAGUCUUCAAAUAUCCGUUGUGAGUGAAGGUGGAACCUCUGCGAGAGGAAGGAAGGGUUUCAAACAUCAGUCCAACGCAUCGCCGCCGCGGUCUCGGCGUGCUAGUCCGUCGUACGCACCGUAUGCUAGGAGUUUGUCGCCGGCAGGCCGAAACCAAGGCAUUGCGAACCAAGCCGGAGCCGAGGAGGCUGGCCCGGAUGCCAUGGAAUUCAUCACGGAGUUUGCGAUCGAACCUUCCUCUGAUUCGUCCAGACCAGGCAAAGGCUAUGAUCAUUCCGAAGAAGUAUACGCCCACGAGGAACACGCAGAGAGAUCCCCCAAUCCAGCAGGACCCUCCCGCCCACAAACCACCACCCCAGCACCACCAGCGAAAAUGACAAUGAUGCAAAAGCUAAAAGCGAAAGCGCAGCAAGCUCUGGAAAAACAAAGUCAGAUCAUCGUUCGCCUGAGUAUUUGAUGUUUGCGAGAGUGGGGCUUUGGAUGUCUUGCCGCUGUCGGCUACGCCUAUAGUGAUCUAUGCGCUAAAUUGUGCGUUCUCGGUUCUUCAUUCCCAUUUGG